AAUCUAAUGUUUCAAUUUGAUUCCAUUUUCGUGUAAUCCAUCGGUUCGUUUUUAGCUGCUCUCUGCUUGCUGCAGCACGCGCAGGUGCAAUGACCCGGAUUUAAUGUAGAGUAGGCUAGUUGUUGCUCGUUCACAAGAUGUUGUCUAAAAAGAGAAAAGUUGAUUCUGAGGGUCGCAUCUUUCAGGAAAAAUGGAGAGAGAAAUACUUUUUCUGGGAAGUAGGGGGAAAACCUGUUUGUCUGAUUUGUUCGCAACAAGUGGCUGUACCGAAGGAAUACAAUGUCAAAAGACAUUACGAGACCCACGCCGACAAAUACAGCCAAUUCACCGGGCAACGCAGGACUGAAAAGCUAAAUGAGCUUGCCUCAAACCUUCAAAAACAGCAAGCAGCUUUCUCAAAGUCUCGAGAGACACAUGAAGGGGCAGUGAAGGCGAGCUACAUCAUCGCGUGGGAGAUCGCAAAAGUGUCCAAGCCAUUUUCGGAGGGUGCAUUCGUCAAGACGUGCAUGCUCAAGGCAGCCGACCUAGUGUGUCCAGAAAAGCGACAAGCUUUUGCGAACAUCAGCUUAUCCCGAACUACGGUGACCGAGAGAGUGGAAGAACUCUCCAGCGACUUGAACAGCCAACUUAAAGAGAAGAUUAAGUCCUUCAUCGCGUUCUCCAUUGCUCUCGAUGAGCGCACUGAUGUGGCCCAGUUAGCGAUAUUUAUUCGCGGAGUGGAUGCUUCUUUAAACAUCACUGAGGAGUUUGUUUCCCUUGUGCCUAUGACAGACACCACUACAGCUAACGACUUGUAUGUUAGCCUUGUCGGGGCCCUUGACAAUCUGGAGGUGGACUGGAGUCGAGCUGUCAGUGUGGCUACGGACGGUGCACCUUCCAUGGUAGGUAGGAAGACCGGAGUGGUUACGAAGUUGAGAGAAAAGAGCAAGAGGACUUAA